CGUACUGCCGCCCUGUGCCGCGGCCUACACAUCGGCCCGCAGAGGCUGCAGGAUCUGGCGGAGCCGGCGACUGCGAAGGAGGCGGAGAACCAGAACGGGACCGACCUGAGCCCUUUAAUCCUGCAGAGGAACUCCAUGAGAUGGGAUGAAAAGAUGUAUGAAGAGAUCCCAAUAGCUUACAUCAAAGCGACGUACAACAACACCCAUGUCCAAGUGGUCAGCUUUGACAACAGGCCGUUUGCCCAUACAUCCUGUGGCACAGAAGGCUUCCAGAAUGCCAAGAAGGGAACUGCCAUCGCGGCACAGACCGCAGCCAUGGCAGCAGCAGUGAAAGCACGUGGGAAGGGUGUAUUGCAUGUACGAGUCAUGGUGAAAGGACUGGGACCAGGACGCAAAGCUGCCAUCAAGGGUUUGACUAUGGGAGGUUUGGAGGUCAUCUCCAUCACCGACAACACCCCAGUUCCACACAAUGGCUGCCGCCCACGGAAAGCCAGGCGAAUGUGAGAGGGGAAUGGAAGAAAUGCACAGCUUUCAACAUCAGUUCAUGCAACAGGGACUGGGUUGAAUGUUGCUCCUGUGGCAGAUUCUGGAAAGCCACCCUCCCUGGAAAUACUUGUUGAGGGAAGCUUGAGGAAAGGAGACCAUUGUGGGCCUUAAAAGUGGUAGAAGCUGGUGGUAAAAGCAGGAAUACGUGUACUCCCUUAGUGGGAAGCCUCUUAUGUACAAAGUUUGUUGAUUAAAAUGUUGGUCUUUUGA